GUACCAUUUGAUUUAAUAUGGACCAUAGGCUACAUAGUCCAUCCCCACUCUCUUCUCUUUUUCCUACCUUCCAAAAUUAAUGAUCAAAUCCUUGCCAGUUGACAAUGUAACAGUACUCAUACUUCCACAAUAUUCACGAAAAUACUUACUGUUAGGAACACUAUAAAUAGAGUUUCCAACUUUCCUUGUGCCAAACAAUACCUUUUAUUCAUACCAUUGCUUUUUCUUCUUCUUCAUUUUUUUUCAAAAAAAAAAACAAUGGCAAGUAAAGUUGGUGAAGCAGCAACAGAAUAUCAAGACUUGUUACCUGUGAUGGCAGAAAAAUUGGACGUGGAUACGUUUGUCGCGGAGCUAUGUGGAGGAUUCAGGCUACUAGCUGACCCGAAAAAUGGCUUGAUCACAUCGGCGAGUUUACAGAAGAAUUCGAAGCUUCUUGGAAUGGAAGGCAUGAGCAGAGAAGAUGCAGAGGCUAUGGUAAGAGAAGGAGAUUUAGAUGGAGAUGGAGCACUAAAUGAAACUGAAUUUUGUAUUCUAAUGGUUAGACUUAGUCCAGAAAUGAUGCAAGAUGCUGAGGCUUGGCUUGAUAAGGCAUUCCAAAAAGAGUUGGCACAAUCCUCUUUUUGAGUUUGCUAUAAUCUUAUUCUCAUUUCCAUCCCAAAAUAUGAAAUGAAAAAAGAUGUUGAAGAGCUAGCCUUCACUAUCAUAUAUGAUGGAUUGCUUCUCAAUGGCUGUAAUAUAUUAUCAUAUAUGUUGAUUCUGUUAUGUAAUACCAAAAAAGAGAUCAGAUAAUAGAAGGGGUGAAUCACCCAAAAUUAAUGCAGGUUCAGAUUUGGUAAUUAUAAGUUUCUAAUGUUGUAAGUUGUAACUGAGAUGAAAAGAUUAUAUCAAUUCUCAAGACGAUAAUAUACCCUAAAA